GUGCAUCUCACAAUUCGAGACCGAUCCGAUCGCAGCAGCAAAUAUUCCUCCGUCCCUCCUCGACUCGCUGCUCUGCUCUGCUCUGCUCCUCCCCAUUUUCUCUGCCCCGAGCCACCAACCAAGCUUCCGCCUCGGAUCGCCACCAUCGUAGCUCACCAUGUCGGAGAUGAAGGACACCAAUGCUGUUGUUAAUUCUGAACCUAUGGACCAUAGUGGAGAUACUUCCAUGCCCUCAGCUCAACAACAGGAACAAUCAAUCAAGAAGAAGUUUGGAGGACUAAUUCCCAAAAAGCCACCGCUCAUCUCAAAGGAUCAUGAGCGGGCCUAUUUUGAUUCCGCUGAUUGGGCUCUGGGAAAGUCUGGACAGCAAGGUGUUGCCAAACCCAAAGGACCGCUUGAGGCACUUAGGCCAAAGUUGCAGCCCACACGACAACAUCAACAACGCUCAAGGAGCUCUAUCUACACAGCAUCUGAAAACGAGGAUGGCGAUGGCGCUGGCUCAGAGGACAUGAACAUCAACUGAUCAACAGCCUAGAACCUGCUCGUGUUGUGGGUUCCUGAACUUUCUGAAGCAGCUUGCUUUUGUUAUCUGUGGACCGCAGGGAAGGGAUCUGUUUGCGCUUGUGACUUUCCAUAGAUAAGAAAAUUGAUGUUGUAAUUUCAAGGGCGUAAUUCAUCAGACAGCUGCGUAGAUAUGUGCCAGAUGGUACUAUAGACUGAACCACUGUUUUGCGUUUGGCGCCGCACCUGAGUUGUGCCACGUCCUAUUUGUCAAUGGAUAUCUCUCUAUCUUUGAGCAUCCAAUGAUUCAGCUUGGCUU